AAUUAUGAGUGAAGCAAUUUCCUGGAAAGCGCCACAAUGGCUAAGUAAAAAGUAUUUGGAGGAUGUACUCAAACAUUUCCUGCAAGAUAAUACAGUUCGACUGCAAGGAAUGGACCUGAAACCAGCCACGGCCAGUGGAGAAAAUUAUGCUAGUGUUAUGACAAGAAUAAAACUCUCGUACACUACGGAAAAGGAUUUCAAUGUUCGGAAUUUGCCAAUGAUUAUGAAAUGUUCUUACGAAAAUGAUCCAUUUGUGGCGAAUAUUAUGAACGGUUACGAUGUCUAUAAUACGGAAAUGAAAAUGUAUGAAAAAGUGUUGCCACAAAUGGCAGACAUUUUGAAGGCAUCUGGUGAUAAUGAGAAAAUAUUCGCCACCACCUAUAAAGUGGAUUUUGAGCGGUGCACCAUUAUCUUCGAAGAUUUAGCGGCAACAAAUUACAUCCUCUCAGAUCGUCUUAAGGGUUUGGAUAAGGAGCACACCUUUGUGGUUCUAAAGAAAUUGGCAAAAUUCCAUGCAGCAGCCGCUGUGCUCAAUGAACGUCUUGGUGGUGCUUUGGAAUCAUUUCAACGGGGCAUUUUUAAUCGUCAUACUCGCGGCUUGGGUCGUAUGUUUGAGUAUUUCACAGAGGCCUGUGCAAAUUAUGCCAAAGAAUGCCCUGACUUGGGUCCUUACUAUUAUGAUAAAUUAAUGAAAUUAAAACCCCAUGUUGUGGUCUAUGGUAUUAAGGCCGCAUCGCCAAGGGAGGAUCUCAGUUUUUAUACAUUAUGUCAUGGUGAUUUGUGGAUUAAUAACAUGUUAAUGCAAUAUCGUGAAGCGGAUAAGUCGGAAAAAAAGAAAUUGGAAAAUCUUUUAUUUGUUGAUUUUCAAUUCAGUAAUUGGUCUUCUCCGGCUGUAGAUUUGUUUUAUUUUUUUAAUACCUCAUUGGAACCGGAAUUACAAUUGAAUGCUGACAUCCAAGCGGAAAUUGUGCAAUAUUAUCAUUCGAUUUUGUGGGAUAUGCUAAAGAAGUUGAAUUACAAAGGUCACAUACCAACAUUGCAUGAGUUGUGUGUGCAGUUGGAGGAGAGACGAUUUUUAGCCCUCAUUACAACUAUAACAAAUCAAGCUGUUGCCACCAUAGACCAAUGCGAUGAUGCUGACUUCCAUUGUUUGGUUGAUGACAUAGAGCGGGCUAAAAAGUUCCGCAAUAAUUGCUAUGAAAAUAAACGCCAUCAGAAUAUUAUUAAGCAAAUUUUACCUUAUUUUGAUCGUUGUGGUUUAUUGAAUGUACAAUAA